AUGUAUAGGACUGAAUUUCCACUUAAAGAAAUCAUGUCCUCAGGAGGAGCUGAAGAUGAUAUCCCACAGGGAGAGAGAAAAACAGUCACUGAUUUUUGUUAUCUACUGGAUAAAUCUAAGCAGCUGUUCAAUGGGUUAAGAGAUUUGCCACAGUAUGGACAAAAGCAGUGGCAGUCCUAUUUUGGGCGAACUUUUGAUGUCUAUACCAAACUUUGGAAGUUCCAACAGCAACAUCGUCAAGUCUUGGAUAAUCGGUAUGGCUUGAAGCGAUGGCAGAUAGGGGAAAUUGCUUCCAAGAUUGGGCAGCUUUACUACCAUUAUUACCUGCGUACAUCUGAGACCAGCUAUCUGAAUGAGGCCUUUUCCUUCUACUCUGCAAUCAGACAGAGAUCUUAUUACUCUCAAGUCAGUAAAGAGGACAGACCUGAGUUGGUGGUUAAGAAGCUACGGUACUAUGCAAGAUUUAUAGUGGUUUGUCUUCUCCUCAAUAAAAUGGAUGUUGUGAAGGAUCUGGUCAAGGAACUAUCUGAUGAAAUUGAAGAUUAUACCCAUCGUUUUAAUACUGAAGAUCAGGUGGAAUGGAACUUGGUACUUCAGGAGGUUGCAGCUUUUAUCGAGGCAGAUCCAGUCAUGGUUUUAAAUGAUGACAAUACCAUUGUUAUUACAUCUAACCGAUUGGCUGAAGCAGGGGCCCCCUUGUUGGAGCAGGGGAUGAUUGUAGGACAGUUAACUCUGGCUGAUGCACUCAUUAUUGGCAACUGUAAUAAUCAGGUGAAGUUCAGUGAACUAACUGUUGACAUGUUCCGGAUGUUGCAGGCCUUAGAACGAGAGCCAAUGAAUUUAGCUUCCCAGAUGAACAAACCUGGAAUGCAGGAAUCCACUGACAAGCCUGCCCGACGAGAAAAUCCUCAUAAAUAUCUUCUAUACAAACCAACCUUCAGCCAGCUGUAUACAUUUUUAGCAGCUUCUUUUAAGGAGCUGCCAGCAAACAGUGUGCUCCUGAUUUACCUUUCGGCCACUGGAGUUUUCCCCACAGGUCGUUCUGAUAGUGAAGGCCCGUACGAUUUUGGAGGAGUUCUCACUAACAGUAAUCGAGAUAUCAUAAAUGGAGAUGCCAUCCACAAACGAAAUCAGACCCAUAAAGAAAUGCACUGCCUUCAUCCUGGAGAUCUCUACCCUUUUACCAGAAAACCCCUGUUUAUCAUUGUUGAUUCAUCCAAUAGUGUUGCUUAUAAGAACUUCACAAACUUAUUUGGACAACCUCUGGUCUGCUUGCUUUCUCCAACAACAUAUCCUAAAGCACUACAAGAUCAGUCUCAACGUGGCAGCCUCUUCACUCUCUUUCUGAACAAUCCUUUAAUGGCCUUCCUGUUUGUCUCUGGAUUGUCAAGCAUGCGUAGAGGUCUGUGGGAAAAAUGUCAAGAAUACCUUCGAAAAAUCAAUCGAGAUAUUGCCCAGCUGCUGACCCACUCACGUUCUAUAGAUCAGGCUUUUCUCCAGUUUUUUGGGGAUGAAUUUCUUCGCUUACUUCUCACCAGAUUUGUCUUCUGUUCAGCUACCAUGAGGAUGCACAAGAUUUUUCGGGAAACCCGAAAUUAUCCAGAAACAUAUCCACAGCUGCCAAGGGAUGAAACAGUUGAAAACCCUCAUCUUCAGAAGCACAUUUUGGAGUUGGCGUCUAUCCUGGAUGUACGAAAUGUGUUCUUUGAGAAUACUAUAGAUGACUAUUAA